AUGUUGUCCUGGAGAUGGAUAUUUGUAGCUAUAGUUAUAGUUAUAGUUGGAAUACGGCAAUCUAACCCCUCCUCUGGGGAGGUUGAAGCUCACCCCCAUCGGAUUCUUUUGGAUACAGAUGUUGAUACUGAUGACUUCUUCGCUCUCUUGUACCUCUUGAAGCUUAACAGAUCAGAAUUCGAUUUGCAGGCAGUGACUAUCAACACAAAUGCAUGGACCAACGCGGGGCAUGCUGUGAAUCAAAUAUAUGACAUUCUUUACAUGAUGGGUCGUGAUGGCAUUGCUGUUGGGGUGGGAGGUGAGGGUGGAAUACUUGAAGAUGGUACCAUACUGCCAAAUGUUGGUGGAUAUCUCCCAAUAAUUGAACAGGGGAUUGGUACAGCUGGCUAUUGUAGAUAUAGGCAAGCUAUUCCGGUAGGUCUUGGGGGACGAUUAGAUAUCGACACGAACUUUGGCUUCCGAAAAAGCUUCCUCCCACAGGGAAAUAGGAGAUAUUCUCCUUUUCGACAGCCCACUGCUCAGCAAGUAAUGAUCGACAAAAUAUCUGCUGGUCCCAUAACUUUAAUUCUCAUUGGAGCUCAUACAAAUUUUGCCAUAUUUCUUCUAAAUAAUCCACGGUUGAAAAAGAACGUUAAGCAUAUUUACAUCAUGGGUGGUGGUGUGAGGUCAAAGAACCCAACUGGUUGCUGCCCGAAAAAUGCCACCACCUCAUCUUGCCAGCCACGACAGUGUGGCGAUCGUGGUAAUUUGUUCACAGACUACACUAGUAAUCCUUAUGCAGAGUUCAAUAUCUUUGGAGAUCCUUUUGCUGCAUACCAGGUUAUCCAUUCUGGGAUUCCAGUUACCCUUGUUCCCUUGGAUGCAACAAACACCAUCCCCAUUUCUCAAAACUUUUUCGAGGUACUUGAACAGAAUCAGCAUACUUACGAAGCUCAAUAUUGUUUCAAGUCUUUGAAAAUGGCUCGUGAUACUUGGUUUGAUGAUCAGUUCUAUACGAGUUAUUUUAUGUGGGACUCAUUCACAGCAGGUGUAGCUGCUUCAAUCAUGAGGAAGCCACACAACCAUGCUGGGGAAAAUGAAUUUGCUGAAAUGGAGUACAUGAAUAUAACUGUAGUUACUUCAAACGAACCUUAUGGGAUAUUCGAUGGCUCAAAUCCAUUAUUCAAUGGCCUCAAAACGCCCAAGUUCAAAUUGAAAAAAGAUGGAGUACAUAGUGGUCAUGUUCAGACUGGACUUCAAGAUCCAUUUUGCAUUGUCAAGAAUGGAAAAGGGAAAUGUAAGGAUGGUUAUACGAUGGAAGUUACUGGUCCAGAAGCAGUGAGGGUGCUUGUUGCUACAAGAGCAAAACCUAGUCAGGACAAUAGAAGCUCACUAAGCAGAGCAUUUUUCAAAAGCUUCUUGGAUGUCCUAAACCGCCCUCAACAUAGUGGAAGGUUCAAUUUUACGACACAAUUCCCUUAUUACAAACAAGUUUUCUACAAACAAGAUUUUGGAGGGAAGAAUCUUGGGAAAAAUGUUGUGUUUGACAUGGAUAUGAGCGCGGGAGAUUUUCUAGCUCUUUUCUACCUUCUCAAAUUACCUGUGGAAGUGGCCAAUCUCAAGGCAAUUCUAGUAAGUCCAACUGGCUGGGCAAAUGCAGCAACUAUUGAUGUCAUCUAUGACUUACUGCACAUGAUGGGGCGCGAUGAUAUUCCUGUUGGCCUAGGGGAUGUAUUUGCAAUGAACCAGACUGAUCCGCUUUUAGUUGGUGUUGGAGACUGCAAGUAUAGCAAGGCUAUCCCCCAUGGAGGUGGUGGACUUUUGGACUCUGAUACUCUUUACGGGCUAGCUCGUGAUUUGCCACGAAGCCCUCGGAGGUACACAGCAGAGAAUUCUGCAAAGUUUGGAGCUCCCCGGGAUACAGAUCACCCUGAACUUAGACAACCACUAGCACUUGAAAUCUGGGACCCUCUAAUAAAAUCACUCGAUCCAGGAUCUAAGAUUACAAUACUGACAAAUGGACCCUUGACCACCUUAGCAAAGAUAAUUCUUUCACGCAAAAACAUAAGCUGUGUUAUUCAGGAGGUAGUUAUAGUUGGAGGACACAUCAACUACAAUAAUAAAGAAAAAGGAAAUGUCCUCAAUGUUCCUUCAAAUGAGUAUGCAGAGCUCAACAUGUUUCUUGAUCCGUUGGCUGCAAAGACAGUAUUGGAAUCAGAACUCAAAGUUACACUUAUUCCACUGGGAAUCCAACGUAAAGUCUGCGAUACUCCUACGAUUCUAGCUAGAUUAUUUCAGAAGAGGAGGACACCUGAAGCUCUGUUUGCUACGCGUUUGUUGCGAACAAUGCAGCGUUUACAACGAACACAUUACAGAUAUAAACAUAUGGAUACAUUUGUUGGGGAAAUUCUUGGUGCAGUAAUCUUGGCUGAUGAUCUGAAAUCGACAUUUGAAAUCAAACACAUUAAAGUCUCUUCCACAGGUGAUGAAUCCGAAGAUGGACAAGUGAUUAUCGACAACAUUCGUGGAAAACCAGUAAAAAUUUUGCAACAUAUUGACCCUAUGGCAUACUAUGAUCUGUUUGCAAAUCAACUUGGUGAUAAACAGCAGUCAGCUGUAGUUGGAAGCUUUGAUGAGCAAAGAAGAAUUUGGAGUACACCAAAUAACAUAUAAGAAAGACCAGGCUUGACAUUUCAUCAAAGAUGGGGGUAGAAUUCUGUUUUUUUCCUUCCUUUUGUUGGGCGCUAUUAAGGGAAGUGGACGACAAAGUUCAAACCUGCGACCUUGAUGUCCAAUAGCGGGGUUGGUGGCCAUUAAACCAACUGUUAACCACUCCUUCCUUUUGUUGACAUACAGCAUGUGUCAUCUGUAUUUCUGUUGUUCUUCACAUACAUAUUGCUACUUACACACACUUAUAGAAGCCACCAAAAACUGUAUGUAUUUAGCUCAAAGGAGACAAAACAAAGAAAAUUUAAGACAGAAGGAUUUGAU